AUUUCAGCGCAAGACACAUAAAAGUAGAGGUUAUGCAACAAGAAAAAAGUUGAAAGGUGAAGCUUUCAAACUAGGCACAAUGAGUACUCAAGCUGCUCCUAAGCCAAACCAAGACGAUUACAAGUUGAAAGACACAAAGCCAGAGCUUGGAGAACGUUGGCCACAUGGAGGACAACGUGGUGGCACAGGUUGGAUUUAUAGUGAAAGGGCUACGAGCACUUAUGACCUUGUGGAACAAAUGUUCUACCUCUAUGUUCGUGUUGAGAAGGCCAAAGACCUACCACCAAAUCCUGUCACAGGAAACGUUGACCCUUAUGUUGUAGUAAAGGUUGGUAAUUACAAGGGAAAAACAAGACAUUUUGAGAAAAAGACCAACCCUGAGUGGAAGCAGGUUUUUGCAUUCUCGAAGGACAAGGUACAGUCUUCAGUUGUUGAAGUAAAAGUUAAAUACAAAGAAAGGGUGACUAGAGAUGAGCACAUUGGAAAAGUGGAAUUUGACAUGCAUGAAGUACCAACAAGGGUUCCACCAGAUAGCCCCUUGGCUCCUCAGUGGUAUAGACUAGAGAAAAAGAGUGGAGGAAUCAAGGUGAGAGGAGAAGUUAUGCUAGCAGUUUGGAUUGGAACACAAGCUGAUGAAGCAUUUCCAGAAGCUUGGCAUUCAGAUUCUGCAACAGUUAAAGGAGAGGGAGUUUAUAAUAUUAGAUCAAAGGUUUAUGUUAACCCAAAAUUAUGGUAUCUUAGAGUUAAUGUUAUUGAAGCUCAAGAUGUGGAGCCACAGGAUAAAAGCCAACCAGCCCAAGUGUUUGUAAAGGCUCAAGUUGGACAACACGUGCUUAAGACUAAGCUAUGCCCAACAAAAACCCGUAAUCCAAUGUGGAAUGAAGAUCUGGUGUUUGUAGCAGCAGAACCCUUUGAAGAACAGCUUGUGCUCACAGUGGAAAACAAGUCCACACCUGCAAAAGAUGAAGUUGUGGGGAGAAUAAGCUUGCCACUGAACAAAUUUGAGAUUCGUUUGGAUCACCGCCCAAUACACUCACGUUGGUACAAUGUUGAAAGGUUUGGAUUUGGUGUUCUAGAGGGUGACAAGAGGAAUGAACACAAAUUCUCAACUAGAAUUCACCUUAGAGUUUGUCUUGAAGGUGCUUAUCAUGUCCUUGAUGAAUCAACAAUGUAUAUUAGUGAUACAAGGCCAACUGCUAGACAACUAUGGAAACAACCAAUUGGGAUUCUUGAAGUGGGAAUAUUGAGUGCUCAAGGCCUCCAACCUAUGAAGACAAGCGAUGGAAAGAGUUCCACAGAUGCUUAUUGUGUGGCAAAGUAUGGACAGAAGUGGGUUAGAACUAGAACAGUCACUGAAAGCUUUAAUCCAAAAUGGAAUGAGCAAUAUACAUGGGAAGUGUAUGAUCCUUGCACUGUCAUAACUUUUGGAGUUUUUGACAAUUGUCAUUUGGGUGGAGGUUCUCAGCAAAGUACUUCUGGAAGUGGAGCAAAAAUUGACUCAAGAAUUGGGAAGGUAAGAAUUCGUUUGUCAACUUUGGAAAUGGAUAGAAUUUAUACUAACUCCUACCCUCUACUUGUUCUGCGUUCCUCUGGAUUGAAGAAGAUGGGAGAACUUCAAUUGGCUAUUCGUUUUACAUGUCUCUCCUUUGCUCACAUAAUUUACCUUUAUGGGCACCCUUUAUUACCAAAAAUGCACUACUUGCAUCCAUUCACUGUGAGUCAGUUAGAUAACUUGAGAUAUCAGGCUACGAACAUUGUAGCAGUAAGGCUUGGGAGGGCAGAGCCACCCCUGAGGAAGGAGGUUGUUGAAUAUAUGUUGGAUGUGGACUCUCAUAUAUGGAGUUUUAGAAGAAGCAAAGCCAAUUUCUUCAGAAUUGUGUCACUGUUUUCAGGUUUAAUAUCUAUGAGCAAGUGGCUUGGUGAGGUGCAAAAGUGGAAGAACCCAGUGACUACAAUUCUAGUUCAUGUUUUGUUUUUCAUCUUAAUAUCCUAUCCUGAACUGAUCCUCCCAACUAUUUUCCUCUACAUGUUUCUCAUUGGAAUAUGGAAUUUUCGGUUAAGGCCAAGGCACCCUCCUCAUAUGGAUACUAAGCUCUCAUGCGCAGAAGCAGCACUCCCUGAUGAACUUGAUGAAGAGUUUGAUACUUUCCCUACUUCCAAGGCUCAGGAUGUGAUAAGAAUGAGGUAUGAUAAGCUAAGAAGUGUGGGAGGAAAAAUACAAACUGUGGUGGGAGACAUUGCCACACAAGGUGAGAGAUUUCAUGCACUGUUAAGUUGGAGAGACCCAAGAGCAUCAUUUCUCUUUGUGAUUUUCUGCCUCAUUGCUGCUGUGGCAUUAUAUGUAACACCUUUCAAGAUUGUUGCUUCAGUUGUUGGCAUUUUCUGGCUUAGGCACCCAAGGUUCCGUAGCAAGCUACCAACUGUGCCUAGUAAUUUCUUCAAGAGGUUGCCUUCUCGUGCUGAUAGCAUGCUUUGAGGCUCCAAAUGAAAGCAAAGAGAAAUAACAUGCAGUUCUUUUGAUUCUUUAGUUUUUGUUGGGUACACAGUUAUCAUGGGUUUUCUUCUUGUCAUCAAAUUUUUAAUUCUUGUGUUAUGCGGGACUAGCUUGUCCGUAACAU